GCGGCCACCAUGCAGCACUACGGGGUCAAUGGCUACUCACUGCAUGCCAUGAACUCACUCAGCGCCAUGUACAAUCUGCACCAGCAGGCGGCCCAGCAGGCCCAGCACGCCCCUGACUACAGGCCAUCAGUGCACGCACUUACACUGGCUGAACGACUGGCUGACAUCAUCUUGGAGGCCCGCUAUGGUUCCCAGCACCGCAAGCAACGGCGCAGCCGCACAGCAUUCACGGCCCAGCAGCUCGAGGCCCUGGAAAAGACAUUCCAGAAGACACACUACCCAGACGUGGUGAUGCGUGAGAGGCUGGCCAUGUGUACAAACCUGCCCGAGGCCCGGGUGCAGGUGUGGUUCAAGAACCGCAGGGCUAAAUUCCGGAAGAAGCAGCGCAGCCUGCAGAAGGAGCAGCUCCAGAAACAGAAGGAUGCCGAGGGCUCCCACGGUGAAGGCAAGGCCCAGACUCCUCCCCCAGACCCGCAGCUGGAGACCGAGCAGCCCCCCAGCCUGCCCAGUGGCGAUCCCCCUGCUGAGCUGCACCUGAGCCUUUCCGAGCAGUCGGCCAGUGAGUCGGCCCCCGAGGACCAGCUGGACCAGGUGGAGGAGCCCCGGGCAGUGGUGGCAACCGAGGAUUCCAAAGUGGAGAAGAACCCGGGGGCUGAGAACAAGGGGCUGGGCUGCAAAAGGGGCAGCCCCAAGGCAGAUUCUCCAGGCAGCCUAGCCAUAGCGCCUACAGCUCCGGGGGGCGGCCUCCUGGGUCCCUCCCACUCGUACUCCUCGUCUCCGCUGAGCCUCUUCCGCCUACAGGAGCAGUUCCGCCAGCACAUGGCUGCCACUAACAACCUAGUGCACUACUCGUCUUUCGAAGUGGGGGGCCCUGCCCCCGCUGCUGCUGCCGCCGCCGCCGCUGCCGCCGUGCCCUACCUGGGCGUCAACAUGGCCCCGCUAGGCUCACUGCACUGCCAGUCCUACUACCAGUCGCUGUCAGCAGCAGCUGCUGCCCACCAGGGUGUGUGGGGGUCCCCGCUGCUGCCUGCGCCCCCUGCAGGCCUGGCGCCUGCCUCGGCUGCCCUGAACAGUAAAACCACGAGCAUCGAGAACCUGCGGCUCCGAGCCAAGCAGCAUGCCGCCUCACUGGGACUGGACACGCUGCCCAACUGACUGACUGGCCGCCGCCAAUCCAGCCGGGGGUCUUGGGUGCCCCUCCCUCCCAGCCCCGUGGUUUGCCCGAAGGCUCUCAGGGAGUUCACUGUUGGGAGCCCAGGGACUUCUGCUCUCUGUCCCACCCUGCCCUGAGCCUGGAUCCCCAGCCUGGAGGUGAGACCCACUUACCCUCUGCAUGGCCCUGCCUGGACCCAGGGAGGUGAUGAGAGGCCAGGGAUGUCCCCAGCUUUCCUCUCCCUGGCUAGACCCCCACCUCGGAUCUGCCUCCUCCCUCCCACCCUCCCAUCCCCCUAGUAAGUGGAUGUGUGGAAUGUGAGAUAUAAAUAUAAAUAUAUAAAGCUCUAUUUUCAGGCGCCCGCCUGCCCCAGGA